CAGCCGCAGCCGCCGCCGCAGCCCCCGGAGCCCCCGGCGGCGCCCGGGCAGCGCCAGCUGGUCUACGUCUUCACCACGUGGCGCUCGGGCUCGUCCUUCUUUGGGGAGCUGUUCAACCAGAACCCCGACGUCUUCUUCCUCUACGAGCCCGUGUGGCACGUGUGGCAGAAGCUGUACCCGGGCGACGCCGUGUCCCUGCAGGGCGCUGCGCGGGACAUGCUGGGCGCACUCUACCGCUGCGACCUGUCUGUUUUCCAGCUGUACAGCACGGCGGGGGCGGGCAGGAACCUCACCACGCUGGGCAUCUUUGGUGCGGCCACCAACAAGGUGAUCUGCUCGGCGCCGCUGUGCCCAGCCUACCGCAAGGAUGUGGUGGGCCUGGUGGACGACAAGGUGUGCAAGAAGUGCCCGCCGCAGCACCUGGGCCUGCUGCAGGAGCAGUGCCACCAGUACCGCACGCUGGUCAUCAAGGGCGUGCGUGUCUUUGACCUGGCUGUGCUGGCACCCCUGCUGCACGACCCUGCGCUGCGUCUCAAAGUCAUCCACCUGGUGCGGGACCCCCGUGCCGUGGCCAGCUCCCGCAUCAAGUCCCGUCACGGCCUGAUCCGCGAGAGCCUGCAGGUGGUGCGGAGCCGUGACCCCCGCAUCCACCGUAUGCCCUUCCUGGACGCCAGCCACAAGCUGGGUGGCAAGAAGGAGGGUGGCGGCGGUGGUGGCGGCGGCUCAGACUACCACGCGUUGGGGGCCAUGGAGGUGAUCUGCAGCAGCAUGGCCAGGACCCUGCAGACUGCCCUGCACCCGCCAGACUGGCUGCAGGGCAACUACCUGGCUGUGCGCUAUGAGGACCUGGUGGUAGAUCCCAUCAAGACCCUGCGGCAGGUGUACAGCUUCGUCAACCUGGUGGUGAGCCCUGAGAUGGAGAAAUUUGCCCUCAAUAUGACCAGUGGGCCAGGCUACUCCUCCAAGCCCUUUGUGGUAUCUGCUCGGAACGCCACCCAGGCCCUGAGUGCCUGGAGGACAGCACUGAGCUACCAGCAGAUAAAGCAGAUUGAGGAGUACUGCCAUCAGCCGAUGGCUGUGCUGGGCUACGAGAGGGUCAGCAGCCCCGAGGAGGUGAAGGACCUCAGCAAAACAUUGCUCAGGAAACCGAGGCUGUGAGUGGGGCGCAGAGAGGUUGCGAUCAUCCACCCCAAAGGGUUGCAGAUCUGCUGACCCUGAGAGCUGAGCCCAUUGCAGGAACCAGCUGUGCUUGCUGGAGAGGGCAAGUGAGAGAGGGCAGCUUGGUUCUUCUGCUAGCUGGGGUAUGGCCUUUCCCCCAAAGACUGAGAGGGUAAUGCACAUUAACAUUUUUGCGUUGCCGGGUUAUAGACAAUUAAAAAAAGUGGAACUUAAUAGUAUUUGUAAAACCCCUUUCCCUGCUCUUGAAAUGCCGGGAGGAUUCGGUACCAAAAUCUUGUUUACAAACAGACAAUGGUAAUGACAGACUUACCGAAUUCCUGAGACACCUGUGCUGGGGACAGGAUGAUUUUGAAAGCAUAAUACUGAGAAUUGGACUUUUGUAUAAAACAAAUGUUCCAGGGUGAUAUGAAUAAAGAAAAUAAUAAAUGAUUUUUAUAAUUACCUCGAUUGUUUGGGAAUCAUGCCCAUUGUGCAUGUGAACUUAGAAAGGUAUUUGUUUAAUGUACACAUUUGAUAGCAACAAAGACAUUUUAAGGGUCCCUGUUGGGGCAAGUGGGGAGAUCAGCAGAUCAACAGGAGAUCAACAGCUUGGCAGUUUAUCUCUUCCUGUUCAAAGGUUAGAAGCUGCUUUUUCUGGUGAACAAAUAUGAAUCCCACAAAUAUAGUGCAGAUUUCAUGCCCAUAUGCACAUAUCUCAAAUCAUUCUCUGCUUAAAUAGCAAACACGUUUAAGUUGUACUGUACUGAAAAAAAAUGGCAGGGGCCGGGGGGAGGAAGAAAGCAAGCAAAGUGCCACUCUAUCUCCAUAAAAAGUUUAAAGCAUUUUCCAUUAUAAUAAUAUUUAUUUUUUGUCUUGAAGGGUGUUCAGGAUUCUUUGUUAAAGAGAGUAUGUGUACUUGCAAAAAAGCAACUCCCCCAACAAAACAGAAUUUAAACGGAUGCUUAUAAUACUGAAAAGGUUAGCACGUAUCCAGACGGGCUACACACACACGCACACACAAUUGCUAUAGACAGAUAAAAUACUUGAGUAUAUUUUUGACAUGUUCAUUGCCAGCUGAUAUAAAGGGAGCAGAAAAAUAAACUGGAGCUUCCAUAUAGAACUUCAUUUUCCCCCAAUGUCUUAAUGUAUGGAUGUGUGUUUGUUUGUCUAUACAGAAGGUAGGAACAGACAUUUUUUGGUUUGCAGGGUCCAUGCCACAGUUUUUAGUCAAGGAAAACUACCAUUUGACAAUAAAAUGAAAUGUUGGUCAGAUUUGUUGUAAAUUGUUGUAGCUGCAGCACGGAGCUAGAUGAUGAUUUUGGCUCUCAGUCCCUGUGAGUUUUGUCUGGACUAUCAGGCACAUUAUUAAACUUGGUAGAAGUAGGAGAUGUUACUUCUCUCAAUUCUGUUUGCCAAAAAAUGUCCACGUUCACAAAGGGAAAAUGGUGCGCCACUUAUGAGAACUGCAGCCACCUGCAAGUACUUGUUAAGCCUGUUGUUAAUAUUCUCCAACGCUGUUCAAAGGGAACAUGGUGAACUUUGCAAUAUUGAAUUAAAAAAAAAAUCCAAAUAGUGUUAGGUUAUGAGACCACCAUUUUUUCCCUGUGAGAAGCACAUUUUAUAUUACCUACCUGAAUGUUGUGCCUUCAGAAAAUACAAAGAAUUUAUAGGAAAAAGAAGAUUUGGGCUGUAGAAAAUAUAUAAGUAGGAUAUUGAUAAGUGUGUGUGCGUACAGGCGUGUGUGUCUACUUUUGUAUGUGUGAAAAUUGUGGCUUAUGUAUAAUGUGUCUAUUUUUUGUAUUAAUAUGAAACUUUUAAGUUAAAGAUGAUACAUCAGACUACUAAGGCAUUUACAUUCUUGAUAAAACAUUGGCAAUUAAAUGUUCUCAAAAGGCAAUGUAGGUGUUUAAUAAGCCCGUUGAAAAGCUCAUUGUACAAGGUUGCAUGUACACUUGCUGAAUAAUUUUAUGACAUUGUACCCAUUUUCUUAAUUCAUCAGUAGAAGCAGUAAAAGUAACAUUGAUAAUGCUUUAUUGGGAACAUUUCAUUGUUAAAUAUAAUUUAUUCCCAAGCACCAUGGAUAUUAAGGGUGAGAAAUGGAAGGGAUGUUUAUUUGUUUAAUUAAAAUGAAUAUUGAAAUCAA